CGCGAGAGUUUGGAGCGCCACCGACUGGAGGAAUGCGGGGCGUUGUGUUUUCGAGGAGGGUCGCGUGUAGUUUGUUUUGCCUUCGAAGCCCAGAGGACCCGCUGAGAAGAUACGAGGAGGGCUAGCAUCCGCGUUUUGCGCUCUGCCGGAAUAUUUGGCGUACGAACGCGAACGUUGUAAGUUGAGACGACAAGAUUUCGGCAUUCAGGAAAGCCGCGCGUAUGGGCGCGCGCGUCCCUGCUGCGAGAGUUUACAUUGAAAAGUCAAGAAAUGUCAAGAAGCUCCGACUUUGGUUCUGACGCCACGACGGUUCCAGUACUGCGCCGGCUGACGUUUGGUCGAGGUGCAGAAAAGUGGAUGAAGGCAACAGGUUCCUUGGGCACUGCUGACGGCCUCAUUGUAUGAUGGAUCCUCGGGUAAUUCUACAGGAGGAGGAAAUGGAGGGCUCGUGGAUGCCGUUGUCCUGGGUGGCGUCCUGGCUCAUGGUGAUUGGGGGUGCCCUGCCCUACGUGCCCCAGUACCAGGAGAUCCAGAGGAGCAGCAACACUGAUGGCUUCUCUACCAGAGUGUGUCUGGUCUUGCUCCUAGCCAACAUCUUGCGAAUCUUCUUCUGGAUCGGGAAGCAAUUUGAGCUCACUUUGCUGCUCCAGAGUGUGGUGAUGAUCCUCGCUAUGUUUGCUAUGCUCCACCUCUGCUGCACGAUCCAAAACACCAACCGUGUGAGCACCAAGCAGCACCGCCUUUCAGACUUGGAUUUGCACUACUUCUGGAAGUGGAAUGCGUUUGAGGACUACCUUCUCUUCUGCUUCGGCCUCAGUGUCCUUUGUGCAGUGGUCACCAUGCUGCUGCUAGACUCUGCCAUGUUUGUAGAGACGCUGGGCUCCCUGGCUGUGGUGUUCGAGUCCAUGCUGGGCCUCCCUCAACUACUACAGAACUUCCACAACCGCUCCACCAAAGGCAUGAGUUUGAAGAUGGUGCUGCUGUGGAUGGCCGGGGACGUCUUCAAGACAUCCUACUUUGUGAUGAACCAAAGCCCAUCUCAGUUCCGGUUGUGUGGUUGUGUCCAGAUCCUCAUCGACGUGGUCAUUCUCCUCCAGGUGCUGUUCUACAGCCAGGAAAGAAGCAUCAAGCUGGACUGAACGAGACAACGCAGGAACUUUUCUUCAGGUGCGACCCUAAAAACCAUAAGUGAAAUGUUGGUAUUUUCAGGGAAAAGUUUAGCUCUAAAUGGAACUUUUAUUUGUAAGCCACAAUUUCAGCCUUAGGUAGCUCCACCUCAGCUAUCUUGCGAUAAAGCUAUAUUCAGAUGUGCUUCAUGUUUCUUUUAGUAGUAUGAGCCUGUAGACAGUUCUUUUUAGUGGACACAGAGAGUGCAAGAGGCAGACAUUGCUCACAUUGGCAGCUCGCUAACUGCAGAUCUGUGUUGCUCUAAUGGCAGCUGUAACGAGCAGCGCUGCACCAGUAGACCUCCGCUGGCCUCUGUGGCUUGACUGAUGAGUCUCCCACUCCACACCUCACCAGAUUGGUCUCUUGUCAUGUCAUGUGCAUGUGUAUGUGUGUAUUUUAGAGAGAGAGCGUAUCUGUCGGAAUACCCGCUGACGCGCUCACGGCCAAUUUCGAUUUUUGCCGUUGGGAGUGGCAAGCCGAGGCCGCACAAAGCACAGCUAAUAAUGGUCCCUGCAACGGCCAUCAGUCUGCGUGUUAGGAUUCAACGUUGUUGAUGAGGAGGAGCUUUGUUGACAAGGACUGCAGUUCUUUAGCAUAUAAUACAGCUAACAUCACUUUUCAAAUCCUUUAAAAAUAAGGCCGACAUUUAGCGUGGUUACACAUUUGAGAUUUGGAUUUUGAACUGUAUACACGGUAAGGUCAUCUUUCCAAAGUGUAUUUCGCAUUUUCUCAAGAAUGUAUAGAAUAUGUGCAAGACACUCCUUUGCAUAAUGAGUAGUGUUAUAGACUCUUUUAAACAGGUGGUGUUACAGCAUCCUGAAAUCCACAAUUGUUCACAAACUUUUCUAAGCGCUUGGCUGGUAGGGGAAAACACGUCAGUCGUAAAAAGAUAAUCAGGAAUCAACCUACAGCUACAGAGAUCGAAUGAAUCAGUAUCACCACAUUAUACACUGAACCAGACACUUCUGUACUGACAUUAGGUACACCUGCACAAUCUAAUGAGACUCAAUCCAUUUUCUUUACCGCAUAUCGUCACUUGGGUCGCGGGCGUGCCGGAGCCUGUCCCGGCUAUCUUCGGGCGAGAGGCGGGGUACACCCUGAACUGGUCGCCGGCCAAUCGCAGGGCACACGAAACCAUCAUUCUCACUCGCGAUCACACACGCGGGCAAUUUAGACUCUCCAAUCAACCUACCGCGCAUGUUUUUGGGAUGUGGGAGGAAACCGGAGUGCCCGGAGAAAAGCCGCGCAGGCCCGGGGAGAACAUGCAAAGUCCACACAGGCGGGGCUGGGAUUUGAACCCCGGUCCCCAGAACUGUGAGACGGACGGAUGUGCUAACCAGUCGCUCACCGUGCCGCCUGCAAACAACAAUGCUUCAUUUUGAUCGAUUCGUAAGUGUACAUACAGUACUUGUUUAGUCAGCUUGCUACUUUUACAUUAUAUACAUGGCGAGCAGAACCACCCCAUUUGCCCACAAUGCAGUACUCUUCUCUUUGGGCCAGUUUUGUUAGGUCUUGCUAAGUUUUUCCCACGGUCUAUCACUGUAUCCGGGCUUGCUGAGUCACAGAGGCACAAACGUGCAGCGAUCUGCCACGGACACAUUACAUUCCCUCCUGGCCCAUCACGUUCUGAUGGGGUUUCUCACGUACUGAUGAAGGUCCAACUCGUUUUUCAAGUUCUGUCUAGGCUUUCUACGAAUUAAAACAUGGUUGCCGGGCAGCUUUGGAGCCCAUUUGUGGCCACAGCGGACUCGAAUGAAGCGCACAGUGCGCCGUGUCGCACAGGGCCGGUUAACCGACACAUGCCGCGACGUGCCGUGAUUGAACGCGAAGAAACAGCUACCGUACACCUUAGCAAAAUGGGACAAAAUGCGCACCAAACGCAGCAGAACGUGAUAAAACCUAAAAAGGUGAGUGAUUUGCCAAGAAAACACAAGCUCCCUGUCCAACCGCUGAUCGCCUCCAGGUUACGGCCUAUUACGCACACUGACGUUUGCUGCGUAAGACUACAGAUGAUUACGUUCCUCGUCUGUCCUGGCAAUUUUUUGGACCGUUUCAAAAUCCACAACAAUCACCACUUGUGACCUUUUCACAUCCCAGCCCCCCGUGUGGUCUCCCAGCCAUCACAUUAUGUCGACCGUAUUGCGCUGGCAGCCAGGGACAUAAUGUUAAAGUAGCGCAUUGUUUGCAUCAUUCAGACAAAGCAAGCGUUACUUCAGGAAAUUGCAAUACGUACAGCUUGUGAAAGCAAUUUCAAAAAUGUACUAUAAAAUAAGUAAAAUAUGAUUCAGUAGUACAGUAUUGCAUUUAUGAUGUCAUUCUUUUUUAUUUAUAGGUGUAAAAUGUGUUAUUUUCUUUUUUAGGAAUUAACACUGUACCUACGAUCACUCGGUAGCACAAAUGGUCCCAAUACAAAAUGUUUUACUACAGUCAUCGGACGAAUUAUGUCACCACGUGACGCGUACAUAUAAGACUACUAAAUGAUCAUAUAUCAUUUAUGUGAAAUCGUCAACAUUUCAUUUGGGUGCAUGUUGACAUGGGAGUAUAUCGUCUACCAGAAAAAAAGGUAGGUACCAACAUGAGCCCAUACGCUGCAAAGCUCUCAUUUCAAUCUGUGUGCUAAUUCGCUGCCUGCCAUCCAUAUACAGUAUGUAGACGACUGUACAUAUGGCAACUUUUUAAGAAUGUGAUGGCAUUCCAUGUUUGAUGGGUGUGAAACUCGCAAGCAUAAUACAUGAGCCAUGAAAGCAUCCCGGCCUGGGCUCUACAUGCCAAACUCAUUUAUAGAAGUGUCCAAGCGGUUGUUAGAUUUUUCAGAUGUCUCGCUAAUACUGCAGCUGUCAGCGUUGUUCGCGUGUGACUACUCUGUUGUUGUGUGUGUUGCGCACCAGGGAUCUUGGUGUACAUGCGUUUUUCAAAUCUUUGUAUCUCACUUUACAAAUGGUUACUGAAUGUGUCUAAUUUCCUCUGGCCUGCACGCUGCAGCUACAUUCCAGUUUCUUUGUCUGUUUUCGAGAAGCGUUGUGUUGUUGCUCACCUCAGCACAGGUUAACAAUUAGCAGAUUUUCUUUUGCACCUGCCUCAUGUUCAUAGUUUGUUGGCACAUUGAUUUUUAUUUCACAUUGCCUCUAAAGAAUCUUUUGUUAUGUGGAGGAAAAAUGUCGAAUGUUACUUUGAUUGCUUUGAAUGGCUUUCCUCCGCUAAUGUUUAAUUGAAUUGUGAUCCAAACUUUACUCUGAUGCUUCUUAAUGUUACAUUUGUAACUUGUUCAACGUAUGUUUUCUACUGUCUCCUUAAGAUAGGAUUGAUGUGAACUAUUGAUGUGUCAAACGUAAAGAAUGUAUAUUGCAGUAUGCUGUGUUGUGUUGUUCCUGGCCGUGUGAUUCGAACUGUAUGCAACACAGUGACCAUGACAAUGGAAGGACAAACGGAGAGCUCGUUAGAGCUCACCAGGCUGCCGCCGCAGCUUCGGACCGGGCUUGUAAAAACCUCAUGUGAUCCUUUCAAGGUCGAACUCUCUGAACAUACUGAACAGCGAAAUUGUGUUUGUGUGUCCUGGGAAAACCUUGUCUUUCGUCUUUGACAGGAUUGUUUGAACCUUAUAAAUCGAGGCGGAGCGGGGUUAAGCGAUGUGUGUGUGUGUGUGUUGGGGUUGCUGCUGCUGGACAAAAAGCAGAAAUUUGUCAAAGUGGUGUUAUAACGAAGACGGGUGUGUCUUCAUUUGCGUCGUCCCAAGCUGUACCCGUAGUACAGCAUCUCUCUCAGAGACAUGUUCUGCAGCGUACGCAGUGAAAUAUUGAACUGGAGACUGUAGACAAUGGGAACAUCUGUAUGGGUUAUAGAUGAGGACACUGCACUGUACUCAACUCCUGACCUGUGCGUCUGUCUUUUCAUGCCACGUGAACUACAAGUCAAGAUGCUGAAGGUAACACUAGUGUAUGUUGUGCAUUUACCUACUAUUGAAGACAUUUCAAAACCAGAUGCUUGCAUAAAAAUAGACCAUCUUGUUCUGCUCAGCAGAGAAUUUAUUUGGUUUGUUUUUAGAUAAUGAUGUUAUUUAUAGACCUACCUGAACGCCUCCACUUUCAAACGUGGAGGUGCAGUUUAUCUCCCUUCAGAUGCAUGAACAUCAUAGUGUGGAAAAUUUAGA